AUGCUUGGGAUUGACGAUGUUUCGAUAUUGUCCGAUUUCGAGGAGGAGGAGAAAUCCAAUCCCAGCCCUCGGAAGAUCACCGGGGAUCGGGUGAUCUAUUCUUCUCGGAGCCUCAGAAGAACGAAGCAACAUGGCCGGCCUGUCCUGUGUGAUUUUGGUCAAGCUCGAUUUGGAUCCUCUCAAUAUUCUGGUGACAUUCAACCUUAUAUUUAUCGAGCUCCAGAGGUACUCCUCCGAAUGUCUUGGGAUCGAAAAGUCGACAUUUGGAAUGUGGGAGUCGUUACCUGGGAUCUUUUUCACAAAGGGCAUCUAUUCUACGCCAGAGACUCGAGGAAGAAGAACUCAGAUUCUCAUCACAUCGCUGAAAUGAUUGCACUUCUUGGUCCGCCACCAAAGGAGAUGAUCCAGAGCAGUGAAUAUGCUGCGGAAUUUUUUGACGGUGAAGGCAAUUGGAAGGGAGUAGUUCCGAUUCCUUCAUUAACUUUGGAGCAGCUCGAAGGGAAUUUGCAUGGGACGCAACAGAAGCUUUUCCUUGAAUUCAUGCGCAAGAUGCUUCAAUGGCGACCAGAAGAGAGAGCCUCAGCAAAGGAUUUAUUGUCGGACCCCUGGUUAAAAUCGCCGUAA